AUGGAUUAGGUUUUUAAUCAUUUAAUAAAAAGAGCAACUCCUUAACCUAUUGUUAAAGUUGGAACACCUUGGCAAUGCAUUCCUAUCAAAAAUGAUAAACAAGCAAGAGAUACAACAGAAGUUCAUAUGGCUAAUCAAGGAUUUAAUGAAUUGGCACAAUUUGAUAAGUUCAUGAAUCUGGAAGUUGUGUGGCUUAAUGAAAACCAAUUAACCAGCAUAAAAGGGAUUGAGUAAAAUUUCAGAAUUAAACAUCUAUAUUUGCAAAAGAACAAAAUUAGCACUCUUGAGGGACUAUAAAAUUUGAGGCAUUUAGAAACAUUGAGUUUGUUCAACAAUGAAUUAAGAGACUUAGAGAAAAAUCUGUUGAUUUUAAAGGAGUUUCCUGGGCUUACCACUUUGGAUCUAUUUAAUAAUCCAGUGGCAGAGGAGCCCUAUUAUAGAAACAGAGUGAUUUCAGCUCUUCCUCAAUUACAAUUACUGGAUCGAUCAAUAAUAACUGUCCAAGAAAAAAUUAAAGUUGAAGCUUGGUACAAGGAUUUCAAAGCAGAAGUUAAAAUUAAAAAGAAAGGGUAGAAGAAGCAAAAAUUACUUCCAUCUUAAAUCUUCUCUGCUGGGGAGAAAUUACUCUAUAAGGAAGUAGAUGAAAUUAAAGCAAAGCGAGAAUAAUAAAAGGCUGAUGAGAUUCAAAUGGAGAGAACUCGGAUUAAACAAAAGGAGAAAACUUUUGAUCCUAACAAAUUUCCUACGAAUGAAUUGAAAGAGUAAUUAAGACAGCGACUUCAUGACAAUCCUAUGAGUUUAGUAAAUGAGUGGGAGAAAGGGAAGCUUAAGAAGAUAUUCAAAUCAUAUGAUAAGGAAAAGAAGGGAUCCAUUACAUAGGAUAAAUUGCAAGGAUUGUAUGGAGAUUUAAUGAAUGACAUAGCAAAUAUUGGUAAGGUUCCUGCUGUGACUUUUGAAAAGUUUAAGGAAAUUAUGUCAGAAGAUCCAUUGCCUUGGGACUCCUUUUGCUUUCAGUUGAAUCAUGUAGAUUUUGAAAGGGCACCUGAGGAUCUACUCUAAAAGAAAAUAGACGAGAAAUACAAGGAAUUCAAUAGAAGAUUAAAUGCUGGAAAGAAGGCUGAGGCAAAAGAAUUCAUGAUUGAAGCAGUGAGACUUGAAGCAGCUAGAGAUAAGGAUGAGCAUAAAUUACCUGAGAUUAUACCUGAUGACAAUACUAAAAUAAGGAGUGAUUGCUUUGAUUUUUCAAGAUAUAAGUAUAAGUAGAAUUUUACAGAUACUGCAAAAUAUCUAUUACAAUGA